GUGUGGUCCAGGCGGGCCCUGAGUUGGUGCGCUCCCUACAGUUUGUCCUCCACCUGUCCGUUAGCCUAAAUACUAACAAGGCACUAUCGUAAGCAGGCGUUCUUAGUCUGUCUAACUAGCCAGCUUUUGGUCGCAGCGUCUGCCUGUCUGUCUUUCACAGUGUUCCACGGGGUGGCGACAGGUGUUGGGAGCAGGUGGCGACAGGUGUUGGGAGCAGGUGGCGACAGGUGUUGGGAGCAGGUGGCGACAGGUGUUGGGAGCAGGUGGCGACAGGUGUUGGGAGCAGGUGGCUACAGGUAUUGGGAGCAGACGUUGCCUCCAUUAUGGGACUCAUCCGGCCAGGUGCCUCCCUUCCAGCAGCGGUGGUGAUGAUGCUCCUGGCGGGUGCGUCUCCACCGGCCUGGUCUUCACAACUUGAAAGCCCCACCGCGUUCCCGUGGCCAUUUGCCAGCAACGAGGUUGAUGGGCCCCUCAAGACAACUGAGGCCCCCAGGACAGCCAGCCCCUCCACUUAUGUUCCCGUGGGCGCCUGCGACCAGGAGCUCCAUGCCUCUCACAACAGUCUGCUCCGCAGGAAACGACAAGAUCUGCUGACGGCACCGAGCAGCCUGAGGGUAGUGUCAGCUGGACGUGAUUACGUUGACCUAGAAUGGCAGCAUGACGGUCCUGGGGGCGCUAUGGAGUUCCUAGUGAAGGUUUACUAUACUGGAGGAGCGUUUGCUAAGGACCAGGUGUCUCGGGGAACGUCCGUGAGAGUGGGCGGCCUGGCCCCAGGCACGGACUACACCUUCUCUGUGAUGGCCUUCUUGCCCCUCCCGAACGGGCGCCGGGCUCAAAGUCCUGAAAGCUCACUCGCCUCCGCCAAGACUCAAGACAUCGUGCUGCCCGCCCCUACCAACCUCAGGGUUACAGAAACCACUCUACAAUACAUCGACUUGGAGUGGCAAUACGAUAGCGACGUAACAGACGUUGAGUUCCUGGUGAAGGUAUACUACCGUGGAGGAGAUUUCGUGAAAGACCAGGUGACCCGGGGUACAUCUGUGAGGGUGGGCGACCUGGCCCCCAUCACAGACUACAACUUGUCAGUGACAGCCAUCAAGUCACUUCCGCGAGGACUCCGGGCUGAGAGCGCCGCCAGCGAGCAGGUAUCUGCCAGGACGGGAGUGAUGCCAACACAACGAACAACCACCCGACCAACUGCACCAAGCACCUCACCACAACCUGCUACCACACCGACAUCUACCACUUCUUUGCCAUUCCGCCCAGCCACCGAUCCUGUAGUUGCUAGUUGUGGAGAGGACGGCAUGUGCUCCUGUCCUCCUCCUAAUGAGCACUUCUGUGUAUCCUGCAGCAGAAUUAACUCUUGUGAAAAACUUAACGAUGAGGACGUGUGCAGCCGGGCACCAGAGAGUGAAGAGAUCAACAUGACUAUCAGUAUCCUCUCUUGCGGCGCCAAGACCAUUGUGAAUGUGGAAGGAAUAGUACGGAGCAAUGGGGAUUUUGUGUGUGGGUCUGCCCGAGGAGUGCCAGUAGACACCGUGGUGAUGGCUGAGUGUUGGGGCACCACCACGCUCUUAGCUCAGUGCCACGCUGAUGGCAAGUGGCAUCCUUAUGGCAGCCACCAGGAGCAGGCUCCUGCCUCACGACACCUUUGUCAGGCUCCAGCCAUCAACUCUCCUGAGUGUGGUAUUCGGUCAAGGCACACGCGCCCUCCAGGCCAGGGCAGCAUUCAGUUGGUGGCCCUAUCACAGUGGAACUGGCUGGUGGGCAUCUUCAUCAGGGAGAAGUUUCGUUGCACCGCCACCCUCAUCACCCCUGAAUAUCUUCUUACUGCUGCUCACUGCAUCACCAGGACACAGGAGACAUCGACGGAGACGGUGGAUGUCAGGAACAUCAAAGUUCAGCACAUGAACACUACUGGACGGCCUACCUUUCAGUUUGUAAGGUCGGUGCACGCGUUCCCAGGCUUCAUGGCAGGCAAGAACCCGUUUCAAGACUUGGGGCUGAUUCGCCUGGAGCACCCCGUGACCUUCUCCUACCAUGUGCAGCCCGCCUGCCUCAUCGCCCAGAGGCUUCCUACCAAUAAGAUCGCUGCUACGUUCAUGAGGAUGCAGAAUCAUUUCCAAUGGAAGUUGGUGCUGCAGAGCUACGACAGCCGCUGUGACGGUCCGCGUGGCGCCUGUCUAAGUGUCAUCAAGAACUACACUACCCAGUUCUGCGCAUCAGAUUUCGAACCAUCACCACAAUCAGGGGAUCUCUCAUCUGGAGGACCUUAUCUUGUGAAUGUUGGGACAGCUGUCCGGGAGAAGUGGGUGGUGGCCGGCGUGGUGUCCUACAGAACCGACCUUUGCCAGAGCUCACUCACGAUCUUCACUUCUGUCGUUGACUUCUGGCCCUGGAUUUCCAGAUGUGUCCAUGAGGGGAAGUGUUCUUAAUUAGAUAUGGAGAUGGCGCUGUUGUGUGUUUUAAUUUUUUGUCAUAAUUUUGUUGCUAAUUACCACUUGUGGUGGCCCUUAAUAAUACUUCCUUGGUGAAUACUCCCUGAACCUAAUACCAAACCUGCCUUAUGUGAUUAAAUGAAAUUAAUCUCAGAAUUAUAUGUAUUGGAUGGAAAAUGUUUUUUCUCGUGAGUCUUAAUAUUCCAAAAUCAUUUCCAGCUAGUUUACAAAACAAGUGAUGACUAAAAUAUCAUGAAAUAGCUUUUCGAAUUUAUAUAAUAAUUGUAUUUGUGAAGGGGAAAAUUUUUGUAUCUUGGAUGUAAGCGCACAAUGUAAGAUAUUUGAUAUCUUGGUGAUUCAUCAUCCAGCAUCAUCUCAAAUAGUUAUCUCUUUGAAAGUAUAAAGUUUUCCGACGGGUAUUUUUGCUUCUUGACCCUUUAUCAUUGUUAAUAAGUUGAUUUUGUUAUUAUUAGCAUAUUAUAAACUUUGAGCAGUAAUUCCUCAAGAUUAUACAUGAAUUUUUCAUCAUAUUUAUGGAACUGUGAUAAGGAUGAGGCGUGUUUAUAUGGAUGAGUGAUCUUAUAGUAGAGUGAAAGCUUCCAGCUGUUAUUUACCGUUCCUAACAUAAUGCCUCGAACCACAGGUCAUGAUGGUGACCAAGAACAAAGAGGCUUUUUCUUCUCUUGGUGUAUCAUGCAGAAUUAGUAUGCUGUAUAUUUUACAAUUCACUUCCAAAUUCUUCUGCUCUGGAAAAAUUAAAUACGAUUUGAUCUAUAUUUUUUAUCAGAUUAUUAAUUAAUAAUAUUUACUUGAUAGUUUUGGUUGCAAGCGAAGGUAGCAAGUUCAACACCUGUUUAAAAAGAAAGCAGUGAACAUUUGAUAUACAUUAAAGUGAAUAUGUAUUACACCAAUUUAACUCAAAUUUAUUUCACUAUCAAAAGUGACACUGAAAGAAACUAUCUUUUGGAUACCAUCAAAACAAAAACUAUUUAAAACAAAUUGUUAAAUAAAUUUGCAUGUGUAUUACCCUCAAAUAAAUUUCAGGUGUCAU